AUGUGCAGUACCAUCAUCAGAGUUGAUGUUGGACUUAAUGGUGCAAAGACUUUCAUCAAAGUGAGGAAAGAUAAUUCCUCUUUGGUUGUUCCACAAGCCAAAGUGAAUGAGAAUAGUAAGAGCUCUUUGAGUUUGGUUGCUUGGGUACUUUUUGGAAGCUCUUCAUUUCUCAAUGUCAUAUUUAUUGGUGCCUUAUGCAUGUGCUUUUUCUACAUCUUUCAGUACAAAAAGAAGCUUAGAGGAAUUGGCAAAAGUGCCAAUGCCCUUGAAACUAACUUGCGUUGCUUCUGUUAUGAGGAGCUUGAAAGAGCUACAAAUGGUUUCCAGAAAGAGUUAGGAAGAGGGUCUUUUGGUGUUGUCUAUGAAGGAGUCAUAAACAUAGGCUCAGAAAUUCCAAUAGCAGUGAAAAAGCUAAACACUUUGCUUUUCCAACAGGUUGAGAUGGAGUUCAAGAACGAGUUACAUGCCAUUGGUCUCACUCAUCACAAGAACUUGGUGCGGUUGAUAGGCUAUUGUGAGGCUGAAAAAGAAAGAUUGUUGGUUUAUGAGUAUAUGAGCAAUGGCACUUUGGCAAGUCUUAUUUUCAGUGAGGUGAAACCUGAGUGGAAACUGAGGUUAGAGAUUGCAUCUGGGGUAGCUAGAGGACUUGCAUAUUUGCAUGAAGAGUGCAUCACUCAGAUUAUCCACUGUGACAUAAAGCCACAAAACAUACUCAUUGAUGAGUACUAUAAUGCCAGAAUUUCUGACUUUGGAUUGGCCAAGCUCUUGAAGAUGAACCAAAGCAGAACCAACACUGCCAUAAGGGGAACAAAGGGGUAUGUGGCACUUGAAUGGUUUAAAAACAUGGCUAUCACAGCUAAAGUGGAUGUCUAUAGUUAUGGUGUGUUGUUGCUUGAGAUCAUUUGCUGCAGAAGAAAUGUAGAAAUGGAUCUAGAAGAGGAAGAGAAGGUUAUACUAAUUGAUUGGGCUUGUGAUUGCUAUUCAAGAGGUACUUUUGAUCCCUUGGUUGAAGAUGACAAGGAGGCAUUCGAUGACAAAAAGAACAUGAUGAAGUUGGUGAUGAUUUCCAUUUGGUGCAUUCAAGAGGAUCCAAUUCUUAGACCAACCAUGAAAAAAGUGACACAGAUGCUUGAAGGUGUUGUAGAAGUCGAACCUCCACCAUUCCCCUCACAAUUUAGUAGACAUUCUCAAAAUCCAUGACUUCUUCAUGUAACCUCAAAAAACACUAAAAUAAAACAUCUUUG